GGUUUUUUCCUACCAUGUCCGCGAUGCCUGUGAUGCCUGCGAUAAUUCCGCGCAUAGCGGUCCUCUGGAGCUCAGUUCUUGCACCGCCCUCCUUGUGCGUUGGACAGUUCAGCAUCUCACGUACCACUCCGCACACCCGGAGAAGACGGCAGGGAUUCAUUUCGUCUAAUUAUUUCGCUUGUCUGGGGACGGAGCCCAUCCCGGCUCCACUUCCACUGCCCUGUUCGCGUUGAUGGAUCCGAAUGAGAAAUACUACCAAUAAUGCAAAACCCUGUUCUGUGUUGUCUAAUGUGAUGUUGCUUCUUUGUUAUCCAGUUGUCAUUGACCGUUAUAUUGUUAUCCCUCUUUGCCAACUUUUCGGCAUUCCUCCGGGCAGGGAUGGC